AUGUGGACCAUUCGCCAGUAUGUGGAGGGCGUGCUUGAAGCUUUGUAUCGCCGGCUGCCCAGCCGCCUAAAAGACCACUUAUGCCUUGAACCAUCGUUGUACGACGCAGCAGAGACGGCUAACUGCGGGGACCUCAGUGAUAUUGACCUUUACCAGCUUCCAGAGAAGUUUAGACCGCUCAUACGGUCGUACGUUCGGUUGUUGCGGUCAAUUUAUAAACACAAGUCUAUUGACCAGGCGUUUGAGAAUUUUUUGUUGUUUAUGGGUGAUUUCAACAGAAUGGCUGAAACUAUGCCCAGCUGGGUGUGUACUGCCUUGAUUAGCAGCAGCAACGAGCUUCUUUCUGUGUACCAGGUUCGGGCGAGAAAUAAGGAUAAGGCGGAAAAUGACGAGUCUUUGGAAAGAGUCAGCACGGUGAUCCAUCGCCUGUUUAAGAUCUGUCUUACGGAUAAGUCUACUGACCCAGCUACGUCCAAGAAACUGUGCAUUCACUUCUUCUUGGCCUCGCUUAUUAAAAUCUACUUUAAGUUGGACCACAUUGAUCUUGCUAAGUCUAUGGAAAAGGCGCUUAUGGGCACGAACCUGGCCAUUCCAGCGAUUAUCAAUUGUCCUGCUCAGUACAGAAUGCACGUUGUGACGUAUUUGUACUAUAGUUCGCUUUUGUCGUUGGACGAUGGCGAUUAUCCGUUUGCGGAAGUGAAGCUUCUUACGGCAUUGGAGUUUUUGGCCUGUUACGGCAGCAAAAAGAGACCUUGUCCUCAGGAAGAGAAGAUCUUGAUGCUUGUGGUUCCAUUGAAGUACCUCAGCUCGAGAAAACAGCUUCCAGAGAAGGUGUACGAGCAAUUUCCAAACCUCAAGUUUAUCUAUAAAGAUAGACUUCUCAAGGCGGUAAAACAAGGUAAUAUUCUGGCUUUCGAUGAUUAUUUGCAGCAAUUCCAUAAGGUCUUCUUGAGCAGACACAUAUACUUGUUGGCGCUUCGACUUAAACAAGUGUGCUACUUGCUGCUUGUAAGAAAAACCGCCAAUUUCUACAAAACCGUCACGGAAACAACACCGCAUAUCGUUCCCUUUGCUUACUUUCAAGCAGCCUUUACAUAUUCCCAAUCUCCCGAUGCUGAAGCCAAGGAAGAGGUUUCUAUGGAGCAGGUGGAGUGCAUAUUGACCAACCUUAUCGUCCACAAACACGUCAAGGGCUACCUUUCCCAUUCAAACAAGUGCAUAGUGCUUCUGAAAACAGACGCUUUCCCAGCCCCAGCCCCAGCCAGCUCUUGA